AUGCGGUCCCGCCAGCUCUUGAUCCUGGUGGGAACCGUCUUUAUCUUCUUCUGCAUCUACUCUCUCUUCACCUCCUCCUCGACUCUAAGCGUGGGGCAACAGAAGUUGAAAGACUCUUACCAGAAUGGCGCCCACCACCUCCCACACGACAACAUCGACUUCAAGUCCAAACCAGCCGCGAUCCGACCCCCCAAGCCAGCCCCAAAAGGCUCCCACCCAAUAUGGCAUCUGACCAUCGACGCCGAGCGCGACCUCGAAGCCAUGAAGGCCCGCCAGUCCCGUACCCUCAAGGAAGCUGUCAAGGAGUAUCGCCGACGGUACGGCCUGCCCCCGCCACCCAACUUUGACAAGUGGUGGGCUUUCGCCAGGGAACAUGAUGUCCAGCUCGUCGACGAAUUCGACAUGAUCCACGAACUCAUCACCCCCUUUUGGGGCCUCUCGCCGAGAACCAUCCGCAUGCGCGCUAAGGAAGCCCUGGGAUUCGACGGAAACGCCCUGAUUGGCCUCCAGAUCCGUGACGGCGAGAUCGUCUACGUCCGUGGCGGACAGGAGUGGCAGGUCGAGGCGACCAAGGGCAUGAUGAAGAAGUUCAAGCAAUGGCUACCGGACAUGGACCUGGCAUUUAACAUCCACGACGAGCCGCGCGUCGUAGUUCCCGCUGAAGACAUGGCGCGGCUGGUUGGGCGGGCGAAAAAUGUCAACAUGCCCGCGGCGAACAAGGGGUCUGCCUACCGAAACGACUUCACCCGCGAUCCCGACGGCGGACUCAGUCCCACCGGCAGCUUCUCCGAGGAAAAGUUCACUCGUUUCAACGUAUUCGCCCACCAGCCCACAUGGACACACUCGCGCAUGAGCUGUCCGGCCGACAGCCCUGCUCGCCUGAUCGACGAGGAGGGCGCUGACAAGCCCCAGCGUCUCGACGACGUCAGCAAGUUCGGCCUGGGCGAGCUCGGCUUCGUGUACAACUGGACGGCCAUGUCGGACGUCUGCCUCUCCCCUUCGCUCUCUACCACCUUCGGCUUCUUCGACCGGCCCAACGCUUACAACGUCGUGCACGACCUCUUCCCCAUCUUCUCGCAGAGCAAGAUCUCCUCGUACGCCGACAUCCUAUACCCUUCCCCCUGGUACUGGUACGAAAAGGUUCCCUACGAAGAGGGCAAGGACCCGCUCUGGGAUGACAAGGCCAACCAGCUGUACUGGCGCGGCUCGACGACGGGCGGCUUCUCGCGCAACGGGGGGUGGCGCCGCCAGCACCGGCAGCGCUUCGUGCAGAAGAUCAACGAGCGCGACACCGCGAAGGUGCUGGUCAACAAGGGCAAGAACGAGCAGAACCCGGACUGGGUGGUCAGCGAGGUGUCGCGGUCCGACUACCGCAACAUUGUCGACGUGUUCUUCUCGCACAUCGGCCAGUGCGACCCGGGCGACUGUGAUGCGCAGCGCGAGUUUUUCGAGGUCAAGUCGUACGCCGAGCAGGUGGACGCGUUCAAGUACAAGCACGUUUUGGACAUUGACGGCAACGCGUUUUCGGGCCGGUUCUAUGCGUUCCUCAAGAGCAGGAGUCUGGUGUACAAGUGGGCGAUUUUCAGGGAGUGGCAUUAUGAGUGGCUGAAGCCGUGGGCGCACUUCAUCCCGCUGAGCACGCAGGGGGAGGACUGGUUGGAGACGGUAAGGUUCUUCAGCGAGGAGAGCGCGACGGUUAGUCAGGGGACGAAGGAGGCCGAGCGCGUGGCGAUUCAGGGAAGGGAGUGGGCGAAUAAGGUGUUGAGGCAUGAGGAUAUGGAGGUGUGGUUCUUUAGGUUACUCUUGGAAUACGGCCGUGUUAUUGACGACAACAGAGAGAACAUCGGCUUCCUUCCAUGA